AUGACUGCCAGCCACGACAACAUGUGGAAAAGCCAGAGCCUCGAGCGUGACACAGCCGCAGUCGCCAACGCCCGUCAACUCGCCCUCGUGACACUGGUUCUCCCCGAAGCCCUCUCCAACACAGCUCUGCGACCCUGCAGCGUCCCGGCCCACGACAAUUUCUCUGUCGCAAUCCUGGCAUCCAACGACGCCCCAUUAACGACCUGCCCGCCUUCACAAGUCCUCUCCUCCUGGCAGGCGCCCGACUUUGUAGCCGCCGUCCAGGAGAUGUCGCAAGACGAAGACAAGGAGACGGGGUCUGGGUACGAUGGCCAGAGGGAAAGAUGGGUUAUCAAGGCCGCUCAAGUCAGCGCCCGCGCCGACUCUCCAUCGAGGAUUCAGUCUCAGGCUGGUAGUCUGGACAGCAGUGUCUUCGUCAGAUUCAUUACUAGAUUUUUCGACGGAUUGAAGAAUCCCCUCUGGUCCAGAUGGAUCUUCGUCGUCCUGGCUCUCACCGUUGGCUUCCACGGCUAUCUUUUCAAGGGUGCAGCAUCGGCCACCAAGGAGCACAAUCUCGAAAUCGACGACAAAGACUCUGCUCGCUUCUGGAAAAAGAAGGAGCCAGGUUCGACCGCGGUGCCUGUUGACGAAUACACAUGUACGACUUUGCAACAGACCGCGCCUGUUCCUGCUAUGACCGACGACAAGGGACAUGUGCUCUCAGCGACAAAGCAUGAACCCCCCAUUCUUUCCGAACAUCGCUCACACGAGGAUCUCGAGAAGCUGCUUGUGGAGAAGCGAGCUUGCGAAAUGACGGACAAGGAAAUUGUCACCAUGGCGAUUAGGGGCAAAAUCCCUGGGCACGCCCUAGAAAAGACACUCAACAAUGACUUCACCCGCGCCAUUAGGGUUAGGCGCAUGGUCAUCUCGCAGAUCAACCAAGCAACUAUAGGUCCAGCACAUAAUCUGCAUGAAUCAAACCUGCCGUACGACAACUACAACUGGAGUCGCGUGUUUGGAGCUUGUUGCGAAAACGUAAUAGGCUAUGUCCCCCUACCCGUGGGCGUCGCCGGCCCCCUCGUUAUUGAUGGCAAGAGCUACGUUAUUCCAAUGGCCACCACCGAGGGGGUGCUAGUUGCCAGCACAAGCAGGGGCUGCAAAGCGAUUAAUUCAGGCGGCGGCGCUGUUACAGUCGUGACGGCAGACGGCAUGACGCGUGGCCCCUGUAUUAGCUUCCAGACUCUGACGAGAGCUGGUGCUGCCAAGUCGUGGCUAGAAUCUAAAGCCGGACAGACGAUAAUGCGGACGGCAUUCAACUCAACAAGCAGUUUUGCGCGCCUUCAGACGAUAAAAACGGCCAUGGCCGGGACAUACAUCUACAUCCGGUUCAAGGCAGCCACGGGCGACGCCAUGGGCAUGAAUAUGAUAUCCAAGGGCGUUGAACACGCGCUCAAGGCCAUGGCGUUGGAGGGUGGUUUUGACGAUAUGACCAUCAUUUCCCUCUCGGGCAACUUUUGCAGCGAUAAGAAGUCGUCUGCUCUUAAUUGGAUCGAAGGACGCGGUAAAAGCAUCGUGGCUGAGGCUAUUAUCCCGGCCAAAGUCGUGAUGAGCGUCCUCAAAACCGACGUUGACUCCUUGGUCGAGCUAAAUACUUCAAAAAACCUAAUUGGAUCGGCCAUGGCAGGUUCUAUCGGUGGCUUCAACGCUCACGCAGCUAAUAUUGUUGCCGCUAUUUUCCUGGCUACGGGGCAAGAUCCCGCGCAAGUGGUUGAAAGCGCAAACUGCAUCACCACUAUGAAAAAUUUCCGCGGCUCGCUCCAGAUAUCCGUCUCAAUGCCCUCGCUCGAGGUAGGCACCCUCGGCGGCGGUACUAUACUCGAACCCCAGGGCGCCAUGCUCGAUGUCCUUGGAGUCCGGGGCGCGGAUCACGCGAGCCCUGGUGAAAACGCUCGCCGACUUGCCCGCAUUAUUGGCGCUGCCGUUCUGGCUGGCGAGCUAUCUCUAUGCAGUGCCCUGGCCGCCGGCCACCUUGUGAAGGCGCACAUGCAACAUAAUCGAAGCCCGCCACCGUCACGAGCCCACACCGGCAUAUGA